GUGUGUGUGUGUGUGUGUGCGCGUGUGCAUUUGAGGGCUUUAAAUGAACCAAGGAACUUUGAAACAGUCUGUCCUUGACCCGUCCACCUUACUGCUAUAAACAGGUUCCUUAUUACAUCCACGAGGGGGGGGAGGGGGGAGGGAAACAUUUAGCCUUUGGGUGUGCGAUGCAUUAUUGGUAGGCGAGGAGCAGAGGUGCUGGAAACGUGUUCAGCCUAAGCAGAUGCAGUUUGUGGGAUGUGUGACAGUGAGCUCAAGCGCUGUGGUUAAUGCAUUGAUCUAAUCUUUCUGCUGAAAGCGGCCCCCCCCACACUCGAGCCAUGCAUGCAUGCAUGCAUGCACAGCCAUGCCCCUUCAUGCAAACGCGUGAUAGAGGAUGGUCAGUCUUCCUGGUUUAAAAAAAAAAAAAAAAGCAGUUUAUUCUCAUAUUCUCAAGAGACAUUUUGCUGGAUUAAGCACAGUAUUUUUUUUAUCUACUAGGUGAUUUUUCUGUGCUUUUUCCCUUCUGUUCACAUCCACUGUAGUGGAUAGAAUGAAAGUUGUUUACUGGCCUCCACUUCUGAACUAAAUACCAGAAUCUAGGUCAGUAUUUCUGUUGCCGAGGAGUAAGUUAAAUAUAACCUGAUCCACAGAAGUUAGCCACGUUUCAUUAAUAUUUAAGCAAGAUUACAUUUUCUCCUGAGUGUAACCACUCUUGAGUAUCACAGCAAAUUUUUGCUUGUUCUUUUUUUUUUUUUUUUUCCAGUUUUAUUUCUCUGAAUGGAUUGUGCAGGGUAGCUCAGGUCUAUCCACAUGCCUUUAAUUAUUUUUAAUACCACCAAUAACUGCACAAUUUUAGACAAAACCCUCAGGAUGGACCCAGUGAGAUGCUUUGGAUUGUUCUGAGGUGAGUUUGAGUCAUUUUCCUGUUGUAGGUGAUGUAUGUGGAUUUUUUUUUUUUUUUUUAAAUCAGUAAGUUUAUCAAAUUUAAGAGAAACAUUUUAGAAAGUAUCCAGUCUUGUUCACUUACAAAAUUAUAUACAAUUUAGAAAAUUAUAUGCAAAGUUGUUUUGUUUUUGUUUUUUUGCAAAGUUUUAGAGCUGAAAUGUUUCCAAGUCAGCAAGUUUCUUUUUUUAGCAACUUUUUUUUUUGCAGAGGGACAAAUCAAGAAAUUUCAGCACAAGCGCCUUAAAUACGUGCUUGUUUUGCAGUUUUUCAGUAUUCUGGUGUCAAAUGUGAGAUUUAGAAAGCUGCAAAGAAAUAGGCGCCCACAAACCUCAACUGAAACAGCGUCAAGAAGAGUGGGUUAAACAUCCUCAACAGCUAUGUGAGAUCCUGAGGAGUUACAAAUAAUUAAACUCACUGCUGCAUGAUUUUACAACCUGGGUGUGAUUAGAUUUUUUUUUUUUUUUUUUUUUUACAGUUCUGUGUUUUAAUUCUAUUAAAAAUAUAUUUCAGGGUGUUGGUUUUUAGUUAACGACGUGUAUCUUGUUGUGCGUCCCAUUCUAACACAAAAAGAGGGUGGACUUAAUUUAUACCAUGUCUGCACCUCCAUCUCACCCACAGGGGUAAAACAACUCACGAGCGCACACUCACGCGCGCGCGUCUCUCGGUUUUUCUUUUUUCUCUCUCUCUUUUUCUUUUUUUUACUUCCUCCCUCUCUUCCUCGCUCGCGGACAGUGAAAGCUCCGCUGACAGCUCGCGGUAAAUCGCGCGCGGAGAUUCAGAAUAUUGUAACGGAGCUUUUCGGGCGGAACGUCCUGGACCUUUUCACGCGCAUUUAGAGGGGCUAUCGAAACCCCGAAGAUGCUGGGUCGCUGGCUGCAGUUGCAGAGCGGUUGUUAGCCAUCUGCCGGGGCUAACAUGGAGCGAGAGGGCUCCUUUAGGAGGAGCCUCCACAACAAACUACGGCUGGGCACCGGCUCGUCCUCCAGCCUCACCGACCUCUCGCAAGUAAAAAGUUCAUCAGGAGGUGGGGAGAAGGGAGGGACAGCUGGGGGGCUGUCAGAGGAGUGUGGGAGGAACAAAGAGACUCAGCAGAGGAGGGCCGGUGCCAACGCCACCUGGAACAGCAUCCACAACGCGGUGAUCUCGGUUUUCCAGAAGAAGGACCUGGGAGAAAAUGAGCUCUACACCCUGAAUGAAGGCGUCAGGCAGCUGCUGAAGACCGAGCUGGGCUCCUUCUUCACAGAGUACCUGCAGAAUCAGCUCCUCACCAAAGGCAUGGUCAUACUGAGGGACAAGAUUCGCUUCUAUGAAGGUCAGAAGCUGUUGGACUCCUUGGCUGACACGUGGGAUUUCUUCUUCUGUGAUGUUCUGUCCAUGCUGCUGGCCAUCUUCUACCCUGUGCAGGGAAAGGAGCCUUCAGUGCGUCAACUUGCUCUCCUCCACUUCAGGAACAUCAUCACCCUCAACCUGAAACUGGAUGAGGCAUUGUCUCGACCUCGAGCCAGAGUUCCCCCCUCCAUCAUUCAAAUGCUGAUGAUACUACAGGGAGUCCACGAAUCCAGAGGUGUAACAGACGACUACCUUCGUCUGGAGUCUCUCAUCCAGAAGGUAGUCUCUCCGUAUCUGGGGACUCACGGUUUAUACUCCAGAGAUGAAUCCUCCAAUUUGCACUGCUCAUCCUGCUUGUUAGAGAAGAAGUUGCAGUACUCAAGGGCUCCCAAAACGCACGGCUCUCCAACUCUGAAGAAUCCAGUGGUCCGCUCUCAGAGCUACAACGUUCCCAUGCUGACUCCUGUUGUCGAGUAUGACAUAGACUCGUCCUCAGGUGGAAGUACGGGCAUCAGACGGCACUCCGUCUGUGAGAUGUCAUCUUGCGUGGAGGAGAGCAGCUCAAUGAAUAAAUGCGCUGCCAGGAUGUCUGAUGACACCAGCAUUUCAAACUCCUUCACAGCCUCAACCACCUCUGCUGCACUGACAGACACUUUAACGUCCAGUCAAGACCUCCAGCUCCGAGACGACGACAGCCCCUCAAUGCUCCACCCUCUCAAACCACAGCAGCCCUCCCCCAGCAUCCUCCCUGAUCCGUCUCCAGCUGAGGACGCUCAUUGUACUGACUCGCUGGAGUUUGACUCUCCAUCGUCCUCCAAGGUUCUUGCACAAGACAUGAGCUCCGGUCCCAGUCCGGCGUCCAGCAUAGAGAUGACUGCAGACCACAACACAGAGUCUCCGGACUCGGAGCAGGAGGCAGACGGGAUCUUUCUGGACUUCUUGCACCUCUGCUCAGGGGACGCAACGCACAGCAGAGACAGUGACGGGCAGAGUGUCGCCUGAUACACACACACAGGCGCACACAGUUCAUUAUUUAAAGCGUUAAACACUGCUGAGCCGUGAGAGAUUUUCCUUGCACUAUGUGAUGCCCCCGGUAGUUUUCUGAAGACUCUACAUUAUAGAGAUUCUUUCAAGCUGAAGUAUUUUUCUAUGUUGAAUCACUAAAUAUGUCAGGCAUUUUUGUCCCUAAUAUGAUAUUACCAUGUUUUAUUAUAUUUAAAAUCUGGGUAAAACAAACAAGUGAUUAUAAAAUUAAAACUUUAUAUUUAUUUUUUAAGCAAAAACCUCAAACUAUUUUGAUAAUUGUUUGUAAUUCUGUGUUCUCAAAUGUUCAACUCUUACAUCACCACUGUGCCUUUUGCUGGAUUAACGGUGUAAAUCUGUUCAAAAACUACAGUCUUUUACAUAUGAUCUGUGAAGAAUUUUACUGUCUAAUGGUUUUCUGUAACUGUCAUGUUUCCAUAAUGUUAGCAUCUCUAUCAAAGUGUCAAUUUAGUCCUCGGUAAAGUGAAUAUCACUGCAAAUUUGUGAACCUGUGAUAUCAAAUUUUCACAAGUUGGCUCUUAUGUGAAGAUAGUCACAGUCACUCCCACUUUUCGAGGAAUAAGUCCAACUUUUGGGGGCGCGCAUUUGAUUUUUCUGACUGCAAAGUUAGAAUUUUCACAUUAUGACCAAACAUGGAACGCUCCAUAUGACUGUAUAAAAUCAUUUAUAGCACUGAUAAUCUAAAUUUAACUAUAUUUAAGUUCAUAAAUCACUUUCCUGGGUUUUUAACAACAUUUCAUAAAACAUUUUAAUACAACUUAUUAUGCCUAAACCUGUUUGAAAGGAAGUGGAGUCCUUUAAUCAGAAAGUAUAUGUACUUUAUGAUAAAAGUACAUAUACUUUUGUACUUUUACAAGUAUAUGUACAUUGCUUGGUUUUAGAAUAAAUCACAGCAUUAAAAUUGUUUUAAACAA